AUGCAGCCACCACUAGAGAAUGAGUCCAUUGUCUUAGUAUUUACACUUUCUGGACUAAAUGAAACCAUGACAAACAGAUUUGUGUUUUUUUCCUUGACUGCAUUGUAUUAUCCAUUAAUUGUGUUUUGUAAUGUGACCAUAAUUUUCACUGUAAUCUCACAUAAGAAACUUCAUGAGCCAAUGUAUGUGUUUAUAUGCAAUUUGUGUAUAAAUGGACUUUAUGGCACUGCUGGAUUCUACCCUAAAUUCCUGUAUGAUUUAUUAUCCCAUUAUCACAUGAUUUCUUAUGCUGGAUGUUUGUUUCAGAUAUUUGUAAUUUAUUCAUCUGUUAUGUGUGACAUUUCAACAUUAACAGUGAUGGCAUAUGACAGGUAUGUGGCAAUAUGCAGACCACUGGAGUAUCAUUCAGUAAUGACUAGUCGGAGGAUUCUUCAAUGCAUCCUCUUCUGCUGGCUGACUCCAUUUUUUUGCAUGUGUGUUUCAGUUGUAUUAACAUCAAGGCUAACCUUAUGUGGCUCUAGCAUUGAAAAAUUAUAUUGUGAAAACUGGUCAGUUGUUAAACUCUCUUGUUUUUCUACAACAGUAAAUAAUGUGAUUGGGUAUGUAAUUAUUAUUUUAUAUUUUGGACAUGCAGUAUUGAUAUUUUGCUCGUACAUGCACUUGAUUAGAAAAUGCAAAAAAUCAACAGAGGGCAGAAACAAAUUCAUGCAAACUUGUGUACCACAUCUGCUUGCGCUUAUCAAUGUGACUGUUGCUUUGCUUUUUGAUGUGCUGUACACUCGGUAUGGUUCUAAAAGCUUGCCACAAGAUUUGCGGAAUUUCAUGGCUCUAGAAUUUUUAAUAAUUCCUCCCAUAUUAAACCCCCUUAUUUAUGGACUAAAUCUGACAAAACUGCGGAAAGAAGUAAUGAGACUUUUUUAUGUUCAGAUGUUAUGA